AUGGAGCUGUCCCCGCAUGACCAAGAAUACUGUCGCGACCUCACAAUGCAACUGCUGGACCGAACUCUCUAUGACUGCGAGGAACUCGGUCUGGGAACGACGCAUGUUGGAAGUCACGCAGACUUGAAUGGAGCGCGAUGGAAGAAACUUCAGUCACAUCCGGGCGUGACGCUGUAUGCUGAUCGAAGUCCGAACUCUGCCUGGCUACCGGGGAUGAACCGUGGAGACUGGGAGCAACCAGUUGCGGUGGUGACUGUGGGCCAGUUGAACUCCACGCUAGACGACUUGCUGCUCGCUUUGUUAACUCCUACUGUCGCUACGAUUCGUCUUCGAGGUGUGCUUAUGGGUCGACGACCGGAGAAAGACCUUCAACUCGUACCAAUUGUGAAGUCUACGCAGGAAUCCCCUUUCCAGUUUCUUGGAGUACUGCGGUUUGUGAAUACGCAGCACUGGCCGUUGACGAUGUUUGUGGACCCUCGAGAGAUGGUACUCACGCUUGCCACGGGUGAAGUGAUCACAGCUAAUGGAAGGCGCUACGGCUACGAAAUUUUUCUGUCGGUUCCUGUAGGCCACGACAACAAACGUCCUUUGGCACGUACACAAGUUCUGGAGACGCGGGUAUUCUGGGAGCAGCCUGAUGGAUCCGUAGGCAUCUACAGCAAACUUAUCGUGGAUAUUAGAAGCCGUUUGCCAGAGUCAAUCAAGCAGGGAAUGCUGUGUCGUGGAGUGAUGCGUUUCUGGAAGUUCAUCCCACGUUGUAUCGAAACGAAAAAGCUGCGAUGGUGUUUAAAACGCAAGAAAGUAUUGAUCCGCGAACUCCAGAGUCAACCCCAGGUCAUGGGAGGUCCUGCUAGCUGCGGUGGAUGUGGUGUUAUGACUUCGAAACCUGUAAACGGAAAACCGAGCAAGCGCGAAGAGGUUCGAUGCAGACUGUGCGACGCAUGGCUGUGCUGGAAAUCGUCUUGCCGUGCGUCUUGUCAAGUUACGGCUGCGGUAAGCGAAGGAAAAAAUAUCUGCGAAAACGAGAUAGCUCUCUGUCCUCGAUGUAUCAUCUUCGUGCAAAACCAGAGUGCUGCAACGAUCGCACGCUCUGAGCUAAUGGAAGCACUUUAG